AUGGGGAGCAAAGCAAAAGCAAUGGGGUCUAGGCUGACUCCUCUUUUUACCACCGUUUUAGUGGUAUUUGUUGCACUUGGCUUGCCUUCAGAAACUGCAGCUGAUUACGACAAGUAUUCACCUCCUCCUCCUCCUUACCAUUAUUACUCACCACCACCUCUUGUGCAUUCACCUCCACCACCGCCAGUUUAUAAGUCACCCCCACCACCUUAUCACUACUUCUCACCACCACCUCCAGUGUAUCCAUCUCCACCACCAUCUGUUUACAAGUCACCUCCACCACCUUCGCCAGUAUACAAGUCCCCACCACCACCUUAUCAAUAUUCCUCACCACCACCUCCAGUGCAUUCACCUCCACCACCACCGAUUUAUAAGUCACCUCCACCACCUCCUCCAGUUUACAAGUCCCCGCCACCACCUUACCAUUAUUCCGCACCAUCACCUCCAGUGCAUUCACCUCCACCACCACCGAUUUACAAGUCACCUCCACCACCUCCUCCAGUUUACAAGUCUCCAUCACCACCUUACCAUUAUUCCUCACCACCACCUCCAGUGCAUUCACCCCUACCACCACCGGUUUACAAGUCUCUGCCACCACCUUACCAUUAUUCCUCACCACCACCUCCUAUGCAUGCACCUCCACCACCAAUAUACAAGUCACCUCCACCACCUCCUCCAGUUUACAAGUCUCCACCACCACCUUACCAUUAUUCCUCACCACCACCUCCAGUGCAUUCACCCCUACCACCACCAGUUUACAAGUCUCCGCCACCACCUUACCAUUAUUCCUCACCACCACCUCCUGUGCAUGCACUGCCACCACCAAUUUACAAGUCACCUCCACCACCUCCUCCAGUUUACAAGUCCCCACCACCACCUUACCAUUAUUCCUCACCACUACCUCCAGUGCAUUCACCUCCACCACCACCGAUUUACAAGUCACCUUCACCACCUCCUCCAGUUUACAAGUCUUCACCACCACCUUACCAUUAUUCCUCACCACCACCACUCUUCAAUUUGGAUGUAAUUCAAUUUUCCUUGUAA